AAAAGCGUAAAAUUUAAUUUGGCAGGUAUUUAUUAAUUGCUUCGUUGGGACUUUGCAACUCUGUUGGGUAACCUAAAAAGCCGAUAUAAGUUAAAUCAGUAUAAAUUUAAAAUGGAGUUGAAUGAGAAAAUUUUACACUAUCUAGAUAAAAGUGAUAAAGUAGACACUUUGAAAUUAGCAAGUGAAUUUAAUGAGGACCAUCAGAAAAUAGUGGGAGCAGUGAAGAGUUUGGAAGCACUUGAUAUGGUAACCUCGGAGGCUGUCAAAAGUACACGAUGGGAACUGACUGAAGAAGGGCAGCUUGUAGCCAGCAAUGGCAGCCAUGAGGCUGUACUCUUUAGGAGUAUACCGGAUUCUGGCAUUGCACAAGCUGAAUUAAUGAAGACUGUUCCAAAUGCAAAAGUAGGUUUCAGCAAAGCAAUGUCAUCUGGCUGGAUACUUAUAGAUAAAUCUGGUGGAUCACCACUAGUUAAAAAAAAAGUUGAUAGCAUAACAGACACAGUGCAAGAUCAUUUAAACGAGAUAAAUAAAGGCAUAGACAAUUUAGCUGACAAUGUACGGAAUGACUACAAGAAAAGGAAAUUGCUCCAAGAGGUGACAGUGAAAAGUUUCUUGCUUUCUAAGGGGGUUAAAUUUGCUACAACGAUUACCAAAUUAGAAACAGACUUAACGAGUGACAUGUUAUUAACUGGAUCCUGGAAGACGUUGCAGUUCAAGCCGUAUAAUUUUGAUGCUUUAGGUCAACCCCCCGAAUGUGGUCAUCUUCAUCCACUUUUAAAAGUACGGUCAGAGUUCCGUGAGAUCUUCUUAGAAAUGGGCUUCACUGAGAUGCCAACAAAUAGAUACGUGGAGAAUUCAUUCUGGAACUUCGACGCGCUGUUCCAGCCCCAGCAGCACCCCGCGAGGGACGCCCACGACACAUUCUUCAUGUCAUCACCAGUCACAAGUAGUGAGUUCCCUACAGAGUAUUUGGAAAGGGUCAAGAAGGUGCACAGUGAAGGAGGUUACGGUUCACAGGGCUACAAAUACAAGUGGAAGAUAGAGGAAGCCCAGAAGAACUUACUUCGCACACACACCACCGCAGUGAGCGCUCGUAUGCUUUAUAAACUAGCGCAGCAAGAGAAAUUCACGCCGCAAAAGUAUUUUAGUAUUGAUAAGGUAUUCCGUAACGAGACAUUGGACGCGACGCACCUGGCGGAGUUCCACCAGGUGGAGGGCGUGGUGGCCGACCGAGGGCUGGGGCUGGCCGACCUGAUCAGCAUCCUCGACACCUUCUUCAAGCGGUUGGGCUUCGACCAGCUACAGUUCAAACCUGCCUACAAUCCCUACACCGAGCCCAGUAUGGAAAUCUUCGCAUACCACACAGGUCUUGGUAAAUGGAUAGAAAUCGGCAACUCAGGUGUCUUCCGGCCUGAGAUGUUACUCCCCAUGGGACUGCCAGAGGACGUGAAUGUGAUCGCAUGGGGCCUCUCAUUAGAACGUCCUACCAUGAUCAAGUACGGGCUCAACAACAUCAGGGACCUAGUUGGCCCCAAAGUCGACCUGCAGAUGGUACAAUCGAACCCCAUUUGUAGACUUGACAAAUAAUUAAAUUUUAAUUUGUAUGUUUAUUUAUUUGAAAUAUACAUUAAGAAUGUGAA